AUGCUCUACACGUGCAAGACUCUAUACGAGCACCAAUAUCUACUAUUCACAUUGCAACCAUUGGUAUUAGGAUCCUCGCCAACUUCAAUCUCGUCCAAGGCACUAAAACAAUUGAUCAAGCAAGGAUUAGCUCCGAAAAUAAAAGCUCUAUGUUUCCAUUCACCAACAACUGCUCUCAUUACCCAUGUAACCAAUUUCACCAAUUUGAUUUCACUAACUGUUCUAAUUGGCAUACACGAUUUUUCCAAAAUGUUGAAUUUAUUGCCUCACUCAGUGGUAUACUUGAGCAUUAUCUUGGAAGCAUCUUCUAGUCACAGUCGGUUUGCAAGAAAACUUGGUGAACUAACAAUCCAUACCAAUUUUAGUUUAAAAACACUAAAGUUUAUUUCUAACCUGUGCCUUAAACGAACAAAAAAGAUUUCCUUUCUUGAUACGAUCAAUUCCUUGUAUGCCAAAACCGAUUCUGAAAGAGGGUUCUAUGAAACCAAGUCUUUAGCAAAGCAAGUGGCAAUGAUCUUGGCCAAGUUGGUAUAUUCAAGCGGGCAAACUCUAGAACUGCUAGACUUGAAAAUGAUUAGUUUGAUUCAAGUUUACUACGCAAUGAAAGAUCAGGGAUACAUUAUGCUGCCAAGUAGUUUUCCAAAAUUGAAAAUCAUCAACAUCCACCAAACUACAAUGUACUCUUUGCCUUUCCUCACGUAUUGGUUAAAGAUUUGUGACCAAGUGGUUUACUCAAAUGAUUACUUGGGUACAAGGUACGUGUUGAAGUUGGAUGAAAAUGGGUACCUCAAGGUUGAUCAAGUCGCUACCAAGCGUACCUACAAUUGA